AUUUUCUACCGGAAGUCACAAAAUGGAGUUUGGUUCUUGACAGCGAGGCUUUGCAACGUGGCUACGAAGAAUUUUAUUGAUAAUCAGAUAAUAAUUGUUUACAAAUUCAACAUAUUCUGAGCUGUUUUACUUCCUUUGAUUAAUCAAAGAUGGAUGAUGAUAUAACAACUAGCUCCUCGCAACCUAAUAUACUGAGUAGGGCUUAUAAACGAUAUUGUGAGAUACAUCAACAUUAUUUAGAUAGAUCUACACCAUAUCCAACAGGAAGAUGGAUUUUCACAGUUUUUCUUCUAUUAGCAUAUUUACUACGUGUAUACAUACUACAGGGGUGGUAUAUUAUAACUUAUGCACUUGGUAUAUAUCUAUUAAACCUUUUUAUAGCAUUCCUUACACCUAAAAUAGAUCCAGCACUUUUAGAUGAUCCAGAUGAUGGUCCAUCUUUACCAACUAAAGCUAACGAAGAAUUUAGACCAUUUAUGAGAAGGUUACCAGAAUUCAAAUUUUGGUAUUCAGCUUCGAAAUCUAUAGUAGUUGGAAUGAUAUGUACUUGUUUUGAAGCUUUAAAUAUACCAGUAUUCUGGCCUAUACUUGUCAUGUAUUUUAUAAUAUUAUUUACAAUAACUAUGAAAAGACAAAUUAAGCAUAUGAUUAAAUAUAGAUAUAUACCUUUUUCACAUGGUAAAACGAAGUAUAAAGGAAAGGAAGAUACAGGGAAAGUUGUAGGCCAAUAAUUAGUUUAAAUAAUUAAAUUACUGUAUUUAUAACAUUGAAACAUAGUGUAUAUAGUUAUCAAAUAAUGUCCAUAUUAUAAAUAUACUCAUACAUUGUAUGUCUAAAAUAGAUAGAAAUAAGGGCAACAUUAAAAACAAGUCAUUUGUAGAAUUAACAGAGUUACAUGGAAUGAAUUAGAUUUGUAGAAAGUUGUUAUUAGUGACAUUUAAGAGGGUCAUCUGUGUGUAUAAUUAUGUUAAGUUAGUAUUCUUAUUUCCUAAUGCUUUUGUAUCCACUUAUUAUGUUUUCGCUCACUGUAUAAACUAACUAAUGUAUAAAACUACAUGUAGGUGUUGUGUCAUAAUAUAAUAUUAAUUUUGUCAUUAAUUUCGACACAUGUGGUCCAAGGACUCAUUAAAAGAUUGUUCAAACUAUGCAAAAAUUAAUUCCCGAAACGUUCAGGCCCUGAAAGUCUCUAAUUGAAGAUCCUAUCAUGUCAGUAGUCACUCUCAGUUUUUGAUAAACUUGAUGUACAACAGGGUAAAAUCAUUUUAGGACUUUUCAAAAUCAAAUUCAAACUUCAGUUGUGUUAAAGGUAAUGAAGAACAGUGAAUCUAUGAAUUUGUCUUCUUUAGGUGAAUGUAAAUGCGUUGGCUACAGAAGAAGUUUGAAUAUGGUUCAUCUCCCAUCCAACAACAAUUCAUACAAACAUGAUUUAUUAAAAUUAAAUAACUUUAAAAGUUGAAAUUAAAAUAUUUUGUUAUUUUACUGUAUAAGAAUACACUGAAGUUUGUGCCUUUUUAAAGUAUCUUCCAAAAAUAACCUUUUCAACACAUUUACGAUGUUUUAAACAGGUUGAUGUUAGAAUUGUUCUGUGAAGUGGGACAUAAUGUAGAAUAUAUCCUGUAUUUAUCCAAUAUAAAUUGAAGUCUUCUUAUUUGUUAAAACUGUGAAUUAGAAAACUAUAAUUUUGUUUGAGAAAUUUAUGUAGAAAAGAAAGAUAUUUACAUUAAUUCCAUGUUAAACUUUUUUGUUUCCUACAAAAUGAAAUUUAAUAAAUGGAACUGGCUUCUCUUGAAAUAUGUUUCAUUUAAGAAUAUAAAAUUAUGCAAGUUGAUUUUUGUAAAAAAAAAAAAUGGAAAUUUAAUAAAUAGAACUUGCAUUAGAAUUUCUGAACCCAGAUGUACCUGUAUGAAGAAUUAAUAGAAACUAAUAUAAAUUUUAAAUGGCAAUCACAUGAGUAAGAAUUGAUUAAUUUGGGGAUUAAACUUAUGAUUCUAUCUGUGAAUUUAACCCUGGCCUGUUGCCAUUAUAAGUUCUACAAAUUAAAGAAUUUGUGAAGAUAUCUCAGUUUUUCUAUUUAAUAUUGUGAAUAUCAUUCGUGGAUAUAUUGAUGUAUUUUAUAUUUUGUUUUGUAGUUAGAUAUAAAUGUUGUUUUUCCUUUUCUAUCAAUUAUACCGGUUUUGUCAUUGUGUAUUGAUGUAGACCAAAAUCUCUGUGUUAGUAUUGGAGGUUCAUUAUUAUUAUUAUUAUGGCAUAGGUAUGGGAAUACCAUACAUAUGUAACAUAAUAAUAGUAAUAGCUUCAGAUAAUAUGACCAUAAUUUGGGUCUUGCAUUAAUCUAGACUAUCAAAUGCUUUAGAUCAGUUAAAUAUUGUUAAAUGCCUGCAGUAGUAGUUCUGUCAAUAUCUUGUUGUGUGAGUAGAGUGAUAAAUAUAUUAUGAUUAGAUCUCUAAGUGGGGAAUGGGGAAAUCUGUAUAUGUAUGAUUAUACCUCAGAAUUAAUAAAUGGAUCUAUACAUGUAUACAUUAAUUAGUGUAUGAUUAUUUCUCUACAAGAGCAUCUAUAAAUAUAUGAGUUAUCUCUCUACAAUAAUUAAUGAGUGUAUGAUUAUAUCUCUACAAGUGGGUCUAUCAAUGUGUGAGUGUCGCUAUGAUUAUGUCUUUACAUUAAUCUGUGUAUGAUUACAUCUCUACGAGUAGAUUCAUAAAUGUAUGAGUUAUCUAUCUACAUUAAUUAGUGGAUGAUUACAUCUCUAUGGUUAGAUUUGGCGCAAUAUAGCCCGGUUGAAGCUGACAUGCCAUAAAACAAUUCAUUCAUUCAAUGGUUAGAUCUAUAAAUAUAUGAGAAAUGUAGGAUUAUGUCUCUACAUGUUGGUUUGUAUAUUUCUACCUGUACAAAUCCAUGUGUAUAAUUUUACCUCAGCAUUUAGGGUAAAAGUGAAGCCACACACAUGCAUGAUUAUAUCUCUAUAUCUAUAGGAGAAGAUCCACAGGUGGAUCAACAUGUACGAUUAUCUCAACGGGGUGUUUAAUUAUUAUCUAUGUGAUUGUAUCUCGAUAUAUGGUAUAAGUGGAUCUAUAAAUGAAUGAUUAUGUCUGCGUGAAAGGAUUAAAUACAAAAAUUUAGUUAUGUGGUUAGUGCACAAAAGUAUCUGGUGUCCUAAAAUCUUAUCGCAUGUAACUGAGAUAUAAAAUGUAAAUGUAAUGAUUUUAGCUAUAGUUACGAGAUUUGAUGUCUAAUAAUGGUAUCAAAUGGUUCUUCCAAGGGAAUACGCUAAUCUGGUUUUAAUAACUAAAAUCUAAUCAAUGCUUCUUUUUAACUGAAAACUAAUCAAUUACAUUCAUCUCCACAUAUUUUGUCUAUGCUUUAAUUUCUGUCAUUGUUAAUUAUCUGUAUAUUAUAUAAAGCAUGUUUGUAAAUUAGUCUGUACAUAUUGAAAUUAUUUUGUUCUGAAGUGUGUUAAGUUUAACUGUCUGUAUGUAUGAUACAGAAUAUCUAUUUUAGUACAUGGACAGCAUUUAAAAUUGUCUUUAUGUACAAACUUGUAUAUUGAAUAAAAAGAACAAAAAUAUAACUCUUA